GGAAGAGAUUGAGCACCUGGUUGCCACUGGACAGCCAUAUUAAAAACGAUGGAUAGAGCAUCGCGCACUCGCGUGCUCGUAGAUAAUAGAGGAACUUGAUGGCCAGGUUCGCCGAUCGGUCAAGGCCCUGUCAUUCUGUUCACAACUGCAAAAACCCAUCUAGGAUGAGGCGGAAAGACCUGCGGAGUGCGUCCCAGACCAGAUGAGCCUCGUGUUCCGGCUGCUGCCCAAGAAGGAGCAGAAGAUCCUGAGGGUCUGCAUCGUGAUAGCAAAUGUGAUUUUCAUGCUGGGGAGUCGAAAAGGAGGGGCUCGAGGCGGUGGUGAGUGAGGCUGGCAACGGUUGCUGGUCGCUGGUUGCUGGGAGACGGGGGCGUUGGAGUGGGUUUCUGGUCGAGGGCCACGCAGGAACUAGUGUCAACAGAAAGGGAGUGCGCACGCGCCAUCUGGCUUCAGGAGAGACCGGUUGUUUGUCUUCCACCUCUUCAACACCGACCUUGGAACUGUUUCUCGACUCGAACACCAAACACAAGAUCGUUGCAGCAACCCGCAGUCGAGGCAUUUACAAAGGGAACACCGCUUUGGGAGAACUCUGAUUUGGAAGAUGACUUCUACCAACUACAAAGAGGCCUUCUCGCUGUACGACAAGCGUGGCAAUGGCCGUGUUGCCCUGGAAUCCCUUGGCGACCUCCUGCGCGCCUGCGGCCAGAAUCCCACCCUCGCUGAGAUCAGAGAUUUGGAGAAACAAGUUGGUGGUGACUUCGACUUCGACUCCUUCAGCAAAGUGCUCAACCGACCUGGCGGUUUCCGAGACCCCGGCGAACCAGAAGAAUACUGUCGUGGCUUCCAAGUGUUUGACAAGGACAUGACCGGCUUUAUUGGCGUGGGCCAACUGAGAUACAUUCUGACAAAUCUGGGCGAGAAAAUGAGCGACGAAGAGGUGGACGAGCUGCUCAAGGCCGUCGAUACCAGCAGUGGGGAGAUCAAUUACAUGGAACUCGUCCGAACGAUCCUGGCCAACUAGCCACCUCUUCCCUUUACGAGCGUAUGGUUUUAUGGGCAUGGAAUCCAAUGCAUAGUUUUGGUUGGCGCAACGGUGGUCAGGACACCACCACCAUUGUCUUGUUCUUGGGCACGAUACCCGAGUGCAUUCUGGCAGAGCUUAUUGGUCUAGAGGGUAUCUCAGAUGCAAUUAAACACAUGAAUCCUGCACACCCAUUUAUUUUUGCUCCGCCCAUAAAGGAGCAUCUGGUUGCUUGCCCUCGACCAUAUCCUGUGUGCUGAGUAGUCCACCAGGCAGCAAAUACACUGGCC